AUGGCCGACGUUGUUUAUUAUGAGCUGAGCUGGUCGAUCCUCAGCACCAUCGGCAUCGCUAAUACCUUAUUUGGUCUUAUGGUCGCUGGCAUCACCAGUUUUGGUCCUGUUUCUAUUGUUCCUAUUGUUACGAGUGUGGCUGGAGCGAUAGCCAACGGGCUUUGCUAUUAUGCCUUCUACGAUCCGACAAAUGGACCCACCGCUCAGGCUGUGGCUUCAAUAUUCGCCGAUAUUCUUUGGCUGAUACAAGAAGCCGGUUUGUCGUUUUACAGUUACAUCAUCCUUAGCCGAGUCCUACGCGGUCGACCAUGGAUAAUAUUUGCAACUUCAUACUGGUCCAUGAUCGUCUCCGUCACAGCAAUCAGAGUCGUCAUCGCCAUCAUUCGAGCCCGUCGUAUCCUUCAAGGUCUCAAUGAAGAUCAGUCGCUUAUUAACCACCUUCACAUGGGCUACUUUAUCCUCAUCGCCCUCCUGGAAUGUCUCAGCUCAUUCUUUCUCCUUCGAGUCUUUGGCUCAGCCAAGUCGACGUCUCUUAGUGCUGCCAUCAAGGCUGGUCUCUUCCGAUAUCUUAUGCGAAGCACCGAGGUCCGGCUUGCACUUCUUGCUGUGCUUGGUGUGAUGCGAGCCAUCACGUACUCCUUCCAAAAUGACCAGCAGAUGGCAACGAAUCUUGCUUCGCAGAUUGACCGGUUUGCGUAUGCGAUGGAAUGCAUGUUCCCUGUCAUGAUGAUCAUCGAUAUCCUUGCUUCCAAAGUAGUCUUCCACAAUCAAGUCUACGGUUCAUCCGGUCAUAGCCGAAACCAACAACCUACUUAUACCCGUCAACGUUUCGGCGGCACCGGUCGCGAUAUUGUCCUUACCACACAGCAAGGCGAGAACAUUGUUGAAGUCCGAGGUGGCGAAGGAAGCGGUAAUAGAACAAGCUCACAAGAACGUAUCAUCAGUCGGAGAGACCACAGGAACCCAUCAUCGGACAUUAGCAUGGAUGAAAUGGACUCCAAACAGAUUGGGAUCAGUAAAACCGUCGAGUUUGAGGUGCACACCUCCGAUGAGGCCGUGCGAUAA